AUGAUCAGUGCAGAAGCUCCUGUGCUGUUUGCCAAGGCUGCUCAGAUAUUCAUAACAGAACUGACCCUCCGAGCUUGGAUCCACACAGAGGACAACAAGAGAAGGACUUUGCAGAGGAAUGACAUUGCCAUGGCCAUCACCAAGUUUGACCAGUUUGACUUUCUCAUUGACAUUGUUCCAAGGGAUGAGCUGAAGCCUCCAAAGAGACAGGAGGAGGUUCGCCAGGCUGUGACCCCAGCUGAGCCUGUGCAGUAUUACUUCACCCUGGCCCAGCAGCCUGCAGCAGUGCAGGUGCAGGGGCAGCAGCAGGGCCAGCAGACCACCACGUCCACCACCACCAUCCAGCCAGGACAGAUCAUCAUUGCUCAGCCUCAGCAAGGGCAG